AUGAAUCAAAGCAUAGUAAAAAAAUCAAUAAAUUACGACUUCACAUCGGCUUCGUUGGGAUCCAGCGAAGAAAAUAGUAAUACACGUAAAAUAACUCAAAUAUCAUGUUCUGAUGCUGCUAACAACGACAAUGAUUGGAACGAAUUAUAUAGUAAUGACUGUGAAGAUAUUAUCUUCUCACCGAAGAAGUCAACAGCUUAUGAUCACAUAGCCACAACUGAUCUUAUGUUUUCUUAUUCAUUACCGAACCUUGAAUGUUGUUUAAAUCCGUCGUCAUCAGGUAUUGUUUCAUGUCCAUCCAUUGUCGAUCAGAACAAUUGUAUACCGUGGAACUUUACAUGA